AUUUCUCACGUGCAUGGGGUGAGCCCGGAUGAUCUUGACGAGGAGUUCGAUCUCUUCCCCACGACCCAGAGGCCAGAAGUGGUUCGGAGUCGAUACGAUCGACUCCGAUUCAUAGCGGGGAUGAUGCAGAAGACGCUCGGUGAGUUUGCGACACAAGGGGAAAGGGUGCAGUCCCUCCUCAGCUGGCGGGAUCCGCGAGCCACUGCAAUUUUUCUCGUGUUCUGUCUCGUCACGGCGUUCGUGUUUCUAGUUGUUCAGUUCAAAGUGUUGGUGAUUUGGCUAGGGUUUUACUGGAUGAGGCACCCGCGGCUGCGGCAUAAGAUGCCGUCCGUGCCGGUGAAUUUCUUCCGGCGGUUGCCGGCAAGGACUGAUAGCUUGCUGUAGGAGAUAGACUGAAGCAACUAAAAUUGUAUGAGAAUUAAAUCUCUUCACGAGGAGACUGUCUAAUAGGUUGUCGACCGUUGCUAUAAUAUUUAAAUAUUAGAUGUGAUGGAUGAUUGAUUAAACUGUUAGAAGUGCAAAUUGCCUGGAGCAUGCUUUUUUGGUUGGUGCCCGAUGUUUGCUGCUUUUGUAAUUACCAAAAUUAAUUACUUGUAAUUUGUCCCUUAGUUUCUGUUUAAUGAAUAUUGUACUAACUCAUCCAUUUGAGUGAGGAGCUCCUAAAAAAAAGGAGUUUUGGGUGAGUUGAUCAAA